GUCGAAGAGAAGAGUUUGUAAGGUUAGGUUUUUGAUAUAUUGAGUUCCGUUUCGCCCUGGUCUCCUGGCUAGUAACAAAAGAAAAGAGACAGAAAGAGAGAGAGAGAGAGAGAGAGUAUCUAGGCAUUGUAACUUACUCGGUACAUAUCUAGAGAUAUCCUUCAUCUUCGCCUUCUCCGAAGUUAUUGUCUGCUGGUUUUUCCUGCAAUUAGAUUCUAUUUUCCUUAUUCAAUCCCUCAAUUUCGAUUCGACUACUCUGUCUAGAAGGUUGUCUUAUUUUGACUAGAUAUUCCCACUGGCACACUACAUCUACCGCUGCCCGCUACCCUACCAAUAUCAAUACAUCUUAUAUUUUCUAUUCGAAGCGCCCAGGGUUAAUAAAUAAAAUUCAUUUAUUUUUCCCCGCGGUGCAUAUCCAAGAGGAAAGGUAUGUACCCAUCGUACCCAUCCAUUUCACUAGGAAUGGCAUUCCGAAGAAAAAGCCAAGACUUAAAACAUUUUAUUCAUUUCCAAUCUCCUUCCCACCACCUCCACAAAUUUGACUUCUCUAGAUUUCUUAUUCUCAGCUUUUACCUUUUACACACACAUCUUUUCUUCAUCGACGUCUGGAUAACGCCUUUUUUGAACAUUUUUUGUUCAUUUACAUUCCUUCAACAUACUUUACCUUCCUUCUAUCUUUCGAUAUUUCGAUACUCUUGACGAUCGAUCCUUUUUUGUCUUGAAUCUGGUUAUUCACGGAAUCUAUCGCCUACUCCGCUCGCUCAUUCACCUACGAAAUAUCUAACGACGCAAGAUCGUCUACUACAAACGAAGGCACCCCUCGACAUUCCAACUUUACACCUCAUGCUGGUCUGGGUUGUAUAUUAAACCUCAUCUAUCGAUCGAUCAUCACAUACUUUAUCAGGUCGAUCUGAAUACUCUAAAUACAACGCCUAGAUCCCUUAGAUAUUCUUCACAAUUAUGUUUUCCUCUUCGAUAUUUGUGGCGGUUCUCGCCAUGGGCAAAAUAGUGGCUGGUGAAGCACCAUCAGGAAGUUCCUCAACAACAGCAACCACCCCCGCCGCAAAGGCUGCUGCCGCUGCCGCUGCGGCUAUCAAAGCCAAAGCAUCAAUGUUCAACCAGGAUUUUCAUGAUUACAUUUUUAUUGUUCUUGCGUCUUUGAUCGGUGGUAUGGUUGUUUGGAGAGUCGUCUUGGAGUCUGUCAAAUACAUUCGAACCAUGGCAUCCCUCAACAACGAAACGCAAAGAUAUUUCGCUGUUCCUUCUUCCGGUUUUGCGAAGUUCAAGAAGCAUGUUCUUUAUGCUCCUGUCUUUAGCAAGAGACAUAACAGGGAAAUCCAAAUGGGAAGAGCCAUCAACGUUGGUACUCUGCCUACCAGAUUUCAACUUGCCUUCCUCUUGGCUUAUUUCGGAACGAACAUUGCUUUCUGUGUUGUUAGCAUUACCUGGGAUCAGUCAUAUGCUACCGUAGCGCAGCAACUUAGGAAUAGAACCGGUAUCCUUGCCGUCGUUAACAUGAUCCCCCUCUUCAUUAUGGCUGCCCGAAACAAUCCUUUGAUCAACUGGCUCAACUGUUCUUUUGAUACUUUCAACCUUUUGCACAGAUGGACUGGAAGAAUCGUAACUCUUCAAAUGAUUGCCCAUGUUGCUGCUUGGGCUGCUUCCAAGGUUUAUGCCUCUGGUUGGUCUGCCGUUUGGGCGGCGAUUGGCAAAAGUUCUAUGCUAAUGUAUGGUGCUAUCGCCACGAUCGCCGCUGUUGUGAUCAUGAUCCAGGCCAGCUCGCCUAUCCGCCAUGCCGCAUAUGAGACCUUCAAAUAUCUUCACAUCGCACUGGUCAUUGUUGUCAUCAUCGGCAUCUAUUACCACUUGAAGUUAUCUGACCUCCCACAAAUAAAACUUCUCUGGGGAGCCAUUAUCCUUUGGGUUGCUGAACGCGCCUAUAGAGUACUUACAGUUGCAUACCGCAACUUCGGAAAGGGUGGAUCUCGAACAUUGGUAGAAGCUCUUCCAGGAAAUGCCGUUCGCGUUACCGUUGAUAUGGCACGACCAUGGAAGUUUAAGCCCGGCCAGCACGCAUAUCUUUACAUGCCAUCCGUGGGACUAUUUCAAUCUCACCCAUUCUCAGUCGCUUGGUCAGAAGAAGCCGAGGAUUUAUCCGAAGAGAAGUUAGCCAUGAACCGUCAAGAUAUCCUCGCUAUGCAAAAGACAAGCAUGUCCUUUGUCAUUCGAGCUCGAACUGGAUUUACUGAGAAGCUUUUCAAGAAAGCCGAGGCUUCCCCAGAUGGAAAACUCUAUACCAAGUGUUGGGCUGAAGGUCCAUACGGAGGAAUGCAUAUGAUGCACUCUUACGGCACAGUCAUGUUAUUUGCCGGAGGAGUCGGUAUCACUCAUCAAGUCCCACACGUGAGAGAUCUCGUUGCCGGCUACGCAAAUGGAACUGUCGCAGCCCGAAAAAUUGUUCUCGUCUGGACCAUUCAAUCGCCAGAACAUCUUGAAUGGAUUAGACCAUGGAUGACGUCCAUUCUCGCAAUGGAUAAACGUCGCGAAGUUUUGAGAAUUAUGUUAUUCGUCAGUAGACCAAGAUCGACAAAGGAAAUUCACAGUCCAUCGGCUACCGUACAGAUGUUCCCUGGUAGACCAAACAUUGAGACGCUGAUGGAAAUUGAAAUGGAAAAUCAAGUAGGAGCGAUGGGAGUAUCGGUGUGUGGAAGUGGUGCGUUGAGUGACGACGUGAGGAGCGCAGUGAGAAAACAUCAGUAUAACGGAAAUAUUGAUUUUGUGGAAGAAGCUUUCUCCUGGUAGGAGGGAAUACCGGUGCACGGGAGUAUGGGUAUGGGUGUGGCUUGGAAACGAAAGUAGAUCUUCAUUGUAUAUUUUAGCUUAGGGGUUGAUGGAAUAACCGUGGGUUGGAAUCGACGAAUUUGAUUUAGCUCGAUAUUGGGAUCAUGGUUCUGGUGAGCUUGUGUAGCUAGUGAGCGUAGUCGGAAUGCAUAUAUGAUUAGACGAAUCAUCAUUCAUACAUCAUUGUAAUCUUUGUGCUGCGAUGUUCUAAGAGCCUGUAUAUGUUGUGAGAAAUCUCGAGAAACUAGUUAGGACUUUUAUUGGAGAACUGGAUUGUUUACUUCCCAAUCCUUUGCUUGGUUAUGAGUGUUGGAAAUUUAGAGUGAGGUUGCAUCCCCCUUGUUAAUCUAAUCACCGCCCAGAAUGAGGGGUGUAGCGAGGAAACGUCUAGAUGAUUUAAUAUUAAUAUGCAUGUAAUAAAUGAUUGUAAAAGAAAUAAAUGAUAGGGUCUCA